ACGACAACCCUCCUCUCAGCUAAUCCAACCUUUCCUCAUCUUUCUUUCAUGUCUUCGUGCCAAUCAGACAAAACCUUCUUUCCUCAGCUAAAUCUAGUCGCUUUUUUUCGUUACAUCGUUGUUCACACCUUUCCCUACAAGUGUCAAUAUCUCCCAUCUCCAUGGGAAAUAAUCGCAGUCUAAUAAUCUUCAUAAUUACUAUUUUAUUUUCAAUUAUUUUAUAUGAUUAAUUUUUUUUCACAGCACAUGCAUUGCAGAUAUGAUGGAUCUACUACUAUAUAUGCUCACACCAAGGUGGCCCGGUCAUGGAGAGCCACCGAACAGCCUCGCUUGCAAAAGUGUGAGGAGGCUGAAAGGAGAGACCCAAAGGGUACGGUUCCAAGAAUUCAUCAUUUUUUUUCCUUCAUUUUUUUGGUUAAAGAAGAUAUAUACGUAGAAGAAGAGAGAGAGAGAGGAAUAGAGAGAUGAGAAGGGGAGGAGAUAUGAUGAAGCAGGAGAGACAAGCGUACGCGGCGUUGGGCGCUCUGCUGCUGAUCGCGGUGGGAUACAUGAACUGGAACUCGUGGGGGAACGGCGGGGGAGGCGGGUUCCGGAUCCCGAUCCCGUGGCUGCAGCCGCGGAUGGGGUUCAUCGGGCGGAACGGGACGCAGUUCAUAGACCUGGAAACCGGCACGCCGGUGUACAUCAACGGCUGGAACUCCUACUGGUUGAUGUCGUCGGAGAAGCGGAAGUGGGUGUCGGAGAUGCUCUGGCGGGGCCGGGAGAUGGGCCUCACCGUCUGCCGCACCUGGGCCUUCAGCGACGGCGGCCCCAAGGCCCUCCAGCUCUUCCCCGGCCACUACGAUGAACAAGUCUUUCAGGCUUUGGAUUAUGCGAUUUAUGAAGCAAGGAGGAAUCACAUAAGAUUAAUUCUUUGUCUUCUAAAUAAUCUCAACGCGUUUGGUGGUAAAGAUCAAUAUGUUAGAUGGGCGCAAGAAGCUGGAUUUAAUGUGAAUACCUCAUCAGAUGCAUUUUUCUCUUUUGAUGUCAUCAGGGGCUACUUCAAGGAUUACAUAGAUGCAAUCCUGACAAGAAGGAACACAUAUAGUGGAGUUAGAUAUUGUGAUGAACCUGCUAUAUUUGCUUGGGAGCUCAUGAAUGAGCCUCGAUGUGUAUUCAAAUCCUCUGCUCCUAUUCUUCAGGAUUGGAUUAUUGACAUGUCUUCGCAUAUCAAGAGUAUAGACAAGAAACACCUUGUCACAAUUGGACUUGAAGGAUUUUAUGGGCCUGGAAGAACCGAAAGAUUGGAGGUGAAUCCAGGGGAAUGGGCAGCUACAUUUGGCUCUGAUUUCGUAAAAAAUUCAGCCGAUGAGCAUAUUGAUUUUGCUUCAGUACAUGCAUAUCCUGAUAGCUGGAUCCCAACGGCAAGCCUGGAAGAGAAAGUCAAAUAUCUUUCCAGCUGGGUGGAUUCUCAUGUGAAUGACAGUCAGAAUAUAUUGAACAAACCAGUACUGUUUUUAGAGUUUGGAUCCAAUUUGCACGUCAAGAAAAAUGGAACAUUUGAAAGAGAUGUUCUACUGAAGGUGGUCUAUGAUAGAGUAUAUGAGUCCGCGAAGAAGGGUCAAGCUGGUGCUGGAGCUCUACUUUGGCAGUUGAUGGUUGGAGGAAUGCAAAAAUAUCAUGAUGAAUUCUCACUGGUAGCAUGGGAGCACCCAUCCACAUAUAAGUUGAUAGUGCAGCAAUCUUGUCGAUUACUGAGGUUGUUCCAAAGAAAGAAAAGUAUGGGCGAACCCUGUUUGAAAUUACAGCCAUGAGGAUCCAUCAUCUGCAAGGCAUAUGAAAUUAUUUCUGUCAGAUAAGAAGAAAAUUCAUGCGAAUUAUGCAUGACUUAGUUGGAGUGAAAUAUGUAUGUUUAACUAAUGGAGAUCAGUUUUCCUAUUGAAGGUGAAGGUUGUUAUGUUAGAAUUCAGAGUAGCAGCUUUUGAGUGUCAGCAAACCAUCUAAGCUGUUGUCAAUGAAGAUUGGCUAACAGCAGGAUACAUGUUUCUGCAAAGGAGAUCAUGAAUUACUGUUUCUUAUGACAUUGUAUGAACAAAAGUACAAGUGUAAUUUCCAAACAAAAUGCAGCUUUUUACUAAUUGGUUGGUGAUGCUCAA